AACUUUCACACGCUCGAAAACGAAAGUCUUACUGGUCGUUGCAGUGUUGUCAACAAGGCGACUCUUUGACGCCUUCACCCUCACACACUACCUCGGCAUCCUUCCCUCUCACUAUCGAAGCUAAUUGUUUUAGAGAACAAUCAGUGUGAGGGUCGUGGCGUUUGUGUUUAGUAAAGACGCUUAGUUGUAAGGCGGGCAGUGAGAGAGUCGGGUGCUCUGAGAAGACGGCUGAAACACGAAGGACUGAUUGAGACGAGAUGAAAGUGUCAUGGCCAAGGCUGCUCCUCUGGGUCUGCGUUGUGGCGUUGGCCUUCAGCGUUCAGGACACGAGCUGCCAGAAUUUGGUUAUCAGCUCGACCAACACCCUGGCCACUCUCGCUGGUUUUGGCCUCCUUGGGUCCGCUGGGGCCUUGGCGACGGGAUACUUCAUUGGCCGGAACCGAGGACGAGGCCAGAGGUACAGAGGCAGAGGGCGGUACUACUACAGAGGCCGGAGGAGUCUGGAGGGCUUGGAGGCUCCCGAUUUCGAGAAAUUCUUGAUGAGACAGCGAAAGUCGACACCAAACACUGUGGACGAAAACUCCUUUGCGUGGCCUCGAGUCCAGAGUGGAAGGGGUCGUCGCCCUUACUGCAGGCGCUUCUGAGGCCCUUUUCAGGAGAAGGCCCCAGCAACGGUACAGUGUAUGGUGACUAUGACGAAGCGGUGUGGCGCGGUUCGACGAGCCAGGACUGCGCCCACUACACCCUGUGUGAAUACGACCCUGAGGUGCUCCUGGGGGUCUACGGGGGGAUCAUGCGUGGGUUGACUACAUAGCUGUAGAAUUCUCCCUUGGACAUAUCAGACAUUUCGGUCAUCUGAACAACGAUUUUUCGAAAAAAAAAAAAAAAA